CUAUGCGAUUUUCUCACAGUGAGGGUCAAACAGAUGUCUGUUUCGACGAAACGGGAAGUUACCUUUUGACUUGUGGCUCAGAUGGAGAUGUACGUAUCUACAAAGAUUUUGAUGAUAGUGAUCCGGAAUCAGUCAGGGCUGGAGAAAAUGUGACAGUGUUAGUAGUCAAGAACAAGAAAAUAGUCACUGCAUCGGACAACUCUGUUCAAGUAUUUACCUUCCCUGAGGGGUCUCCUGAUGGAAUCCUCACAAGAUUUACAGCUCCUGUCAAUCACAUCUGCUUUAACCAAUCAGGAACAGUGUUUGCAGCAGGAGCAAGGUUUAUGAAAGAGAUACAUGGAAAAAUACUUUCAACUUGGAAAAAGAUGGUCACAGUGAGUUGGUCUCUCUGGUGUCUUGGUCUCCCUGUGGUAACUACAUUGCAUCUGCCAGUAUCAAUGGAGAGAUAUUUAUCUGGAAGGUGGCAACACACUGACAAUGAUGUCAUGGAUGACAGUUUGAUGUCUGCUGCCAUGGAUGCUGAUAGUGAUGAUGAACAGCUUAUCAUUGGGAAGAAGAAACCCAAAAGCAAGUCCACAGCUUGGAUAGAUGAGGAGGCAGAGGAUGAUGAUGAUGAGUUCAAAGACAUCCGCAAACUGAAAGCAGCUUUGGCAGCUCCAUUAGACUUUGUUGAUGGGGGGAAUGAUGGAGACACAGCUAGUGAAGUGUCUGCACCACAGGCCCCUAAGAAGGAAGUGAUCCACACUCCAUUUAUUCCAGUACUCCAGCCUCCUUUUCAACCAGGUUCAACCCCAGUCCACUUAAUGCACAGGUUCAUGGUAUGGAAUUCAGUUGGAAUAGUACGCUGCCACACAGAAGAUGAUAUAUCAUCAAUAGAGGUUGAAUUCCAUGACACAAGCACCCAUCACCCUUUACAUCUGACCAAUCAUCUGAAUCACACCAUGGCUGCACUGUCAUCCACUGCUGUUUUGUUAGCAUGCAAAGCUCAUGAAGAUUCACCAAGUAAGCUUGUUUGCAUCCAUUUUGGAAGCUGGGAUAAUUCAAGAGAAUGGACUGUUGCAUUACCUGAGGGAGAAUCAAUCCAAGCAGUGGCAACUGGCAGCUCUUUUGUAGCUGUUGCAACUGACAAGCGUUUCCUUCGCAUCUUCACCAUUGGUGGGGUUCAGGGUGACAUUCUGAGCCUUCCUGGCUCAGUAGUGUGUAUGUCUGGACACAAGAACCAGUUGAUGGUUGUGUUUCACAUUAACAACCCCCUCCCUGGUGAGCAAGCUUUAGCUCUUAAAUUACUGGAUUUGAAGCACAACCAGGAAAUAAUUGCAGAGGAGAGGGUGUUGCUAAGUGAGAAGUCAACACUGGCAUGGCUUGGUUUCUCUGAGGAAGGCACUCCAGUCACUGUUGACUCAGCUGGUGUCAUAAGACUGUUGUCCUGUUCCUUUGGUACAUCAUGGUCCCCAGUUUGUAUCACUAAAAGCAAUAUGAAGAAUAAGUCUGACAAUUACUGGGUGGUUGGUUUGGAUGAGAAAAGCCAGCAGAUCAGGUGCAUCUACUGCAAGGGGUCAACAUACCCACCCACCCUGCCACGCCCUGUGCUUGUCCUUAUGCCAUUGCAACUUCCGUUUUGUGAAAUGACGACAGAGAAAGGACAGCUAGAGGAAACAUAUAUUCGGUCAAAACUCAUGUUCAGAGCAUCUGAUGAGAGAGAUGAAACUUCAUCAAACCUGGCAAAGACAUCUCAGAUUCAGAGCAUCAUGAAGUUGUUUGCGUUGGCCUGCAAAAGUGACAGAGAGUUCCGUGCAAUGGAGUUGUGUGAACUUCUACCAGAUGCCCAUUCUGUAAGUUUAGCAAUAAAAUAUGCAGCACGGAGCAGACGCAUGAACUUGGCAAAUCGACUGGAUGAGUUGGCCCGUGAAAAGGCAAAACUGGCCGCUGAGGAGGAGUUUGAGGACGAUUUCCAACAAAUUGAUCGGCCUGUAAGGAGGAGUAAGAUAUCUUCAUCAAGGGUGGGUAGUCAUCGGCCUUCUCAUAUACCACGAGAAGUUGAACAAGAGGAGGAAAUCGAGGAGAAUGAAGUGGACGAUGACAUGGAUGUUGACGAUGACGAUCAACAGAUUUCCAGAAAAAAAGCGAGGAAGGGCUUAUCAAGAUUGGAUAGUCAAGACUUAGGAUCAAAACUCAUUUCAAAUGCAAAGUCUAACCCACCUUUGUCGCCUCUUCCGAGCUCAAAUCCAAGUCAAGGCCGAUCUAAUCCCUUCAGAGUAUCUAGUCCUGGAAAAAGGGCGUCUGGUGUGUGUGGGAAGAGUUUUUUCGACAGCGUGGAGGAAGAAAAGAAAGCAUCAUUGCAAAGGAAAAGCAAGAUAUCUCCAGAUUCCAAGCCAGUUCAGAAAAAGAAAAGAGGAAAACAAACCACUUUGAUGAAAACACCUCCAGAGAAAGAGAAAGCAACAGUGAAUAAGGAAACAUCGCCAGAAAGGAAAAACCCACCCUCUAAGAAAGUGAAUGGUUUUACCCUUUGGUUUGAGGAGAACAAAGGAGGUUUGUCAGAAGAAAAUCCUGAGCUGACUGGUACUGAUCUUGUUAAAUCUGCCAUGCGACAAUGGAAGGCACUUGAUGAAGAUGAAAAGAUGGAAUGGAACAAUAAAGCAAGGGAAGCUGCAGAGGAAACGGAACAAGGAGAAAAGAAACGCAAAAGAGAAAUGUCAGAUGAGGAAAAUGAAGACUCUUUAAAUACAAUUAAUUUAGCUAAGAAGACAAAAGAAUCAGGGGUGAAAGUUACAACAUCCAAACUGGCAGGAUUUGUUUAUGACAAAAAUUAAGUGCAGAUCUCCUGGUCAGUGUUAAUUUAUAACAGUCAUGAAAUUUAUAGUAACUUGCCUGUUGUCUCCAAGACUUUCUUGGAGUCAGCCACUAAGUACAGGUUUUGGUUAUGGAAUUGAUAGAUUGAUGGAUUCAAGCAGUGGAACUUGACAGGAAAACUGAAAAAACAAAAGAACAAAUGGGAACUAUUGAAAAGGAUUAAGAUAACAUUUAACUGCAUCCGAGAGAACUUUAAGCAUUCACUUGCCAUUUUCAAGAUUUUUUCAUAUUUAUUGUAUGAAAAUCUCAUUGCUAAAAAUCCUUGCUAUUAUGUGGCUGUGGUUUUCCCAUUUUAAGAUUGUUGCUACUGGUUGAAACUAUUUAAAGACUAAGUUUGACACUUUUUUAUCCUUAGUUUUGCAUUGUCCCAGAACUCUUAUUUUAUAACUACAACUAAGACAAGCGGGGAAAUCUCAUGUCAUAAUUUUUUGAAAAAAUUGAUAUAUUUACUUGUCAAUAUUCAGUAUCAGAAUGAAUUUCAAUAAAUUCAGUCAUUUGAAAGGAUGGGCAUCA